CAUCUACCAAAAUACUUCAUGAUCGGCAACACAGUUCGAGCGGCUAAAAAGCUACAGAACUACAGUCGUAGUAAUUGUAUCAACGUAAGUGUUGAUACAUACGAGGCACUAAAGAAGGAAAACUCGUACAUGAUGGAAAAACUGGCCAGGAACGAAGGGGAGACAUCACAUACAUACAUACUUCAUGGGAAACUCAAGAGUUUAGCCACCGAGUUGACAAGUUCCAGUGGCCACGAUGGAUAUUUCCAGAGCAACACCGAGGACGUGUAUGCCAUGCCUACUGAACACAGCGUCAAUGACGUCACAUACGAGGUAGCCGAGUCCUCUAGUAAAGACAGCUCCUAAAAAGGGUUAAUGUUGUUGGCCUUCGAGUACAUCAUCCAGCCGUGGUUUAAGGGUGAUAUCCAUGUAUUUAACCAUACAGCUGCAUUUUCUUGGAACAAAGGUGGCUGAAAUAUCUAUCAAAAACGAAGAAGGCUGAAAUUUUGGCUUUGGACAAAGAUCAUUGGAUUUCUUGCAGAAAACGAAGAUGGCCAUGUUGUGUAACGUGAUGUAAAACAUGUUAUUUAAUCAACGACAUAAACGUAUUGUAUGGUACAUUGUAUAAAUAAUGUAAGACAUCAAAUCAUCAUGUAGUUCAUUGAAUGCAUAGUGCAAAGCAUACGAUUAUCACGUAGAACACAGUGUGGCACAUACAUUAGUUACAUUGUGUUUCUAUUAUAGACCUGUAUGGGGUGGUAAUGUACAUUAGUUACAUUGUGUUUCUAUUAUAGACCUGUAUGG